AUGUCGGAGGAAUAUAAUGCUCUUCUAGCCCAGGGUACUUGGUCAUUGGUUCCUCUACCUUCUUCCAAAUCUGCCAUAGGCUGCAAGUGGGUUUUUCGCAUUAAGCGUAAUUCUGAUGGCUCUAUUGCUCGUUAUAAGGCUCGUUUGGUUGCCAAGGGGUUUCUCCAACAAGAGGGUAUUGAUUAUACUGAAACUUUUAGCCCUGUCGCCAAACAACCCACCAUUCGCAUUUUACUGUGUGUUGCCUUGCAUUAUAAUUGGCCUCUAAAGCAACUUGACAUAAGUAAUGCUUUUCUUCAUGGAACCUUAGAGGAGGAAGUUUACAUGACUCAGCCACCUGGUUUUCUUAGUGCUGCUCAUCCACAUCAUGUUUGUCUCUUAAAAAAGGCUAUCUAUGGUUUAAAGCAAGCACCGAGAGCUUGGUACUCCACAUUCUCUACUUUUCUUUUAUCUCAAGGUUUCGUUAACAGUCACUGUGAUAAUUCCUUAUUCAUUCAACGGACAGCUUCUACCAUCACUAUUCUCUUAGUCUAUGUUGAUGAUAUCCUAGUCACAGGCAAUAAUUCUUCUCACAUUACCUCUCUUAUUGCCCACAUGCAUACUGUCUUUGCCAUGAAAGAGUUGGGGAAUAUUUCCUAUUUUUUAGGGGUCUCCAUUAAGGAUUGUGGUGAUUCUUAUUUUCUGUCUCAACAUAAGUACGCCUCUAACAUUCUUCUUAAGGCUGGGAUGGCCAAUUGCAAGCCUUGCCAUUCCCCAAGUUCUGUCAAGCCUUCUCUCUCUUCAGAUUCUCAUAUUCCCUUUCGUCAACCUGAACUUUAUCGCAGUAUCGUUGGGGCUCUACAAUACCUUACAAUCACCAGGCCUGAUUUGUCACUAUCAGUUAAUCAAGCCUGUCAACAUAUGCAUGCUCCAACUGUUAGGCAUUUUGCUUCCGUCAAGAGAUUGCUUCGCUUUAUUCAAGGGACUUUAACUCAUGGUCUCACAUUCAGUCCUAGUUCUUUUGAUUUACAGGCUUUCUCUGACUCUAACUGGGCUGGUGAUGUUCUUGAUCGUCGCAGUACGUCUGGCUAUUGUGUGUAUCUUGGUUCGAAUCUUAUUUCUUGGUCCGCAAAAAAACAACCCACAGUGUCUCGUUCCUCCACAGAGGCAGAAUACAGGUCUUUGGCGCAUACUACUGCUGAACUCACCUGGUUGCAAAUGUUGCUUCGUGAACUUCAGCUUCCUUCCUCGGUUGCUCCCAUUUUAUAG